GGGAUGGGCUCUGCACUCGGCAUUUACGGACUUUCCCCUGAAGAUGGCGUCUGGAGGAGAACAACUUCAGGGUAAUAUCACCGCGUGGGGCGCUAUAGAGCAAAGCCUGGACCCUGUACAACUACCUCCACGCCACUGUGAAGCUCAUUCCGCUUUAAUCCAUCAUCAUCUUCACAUUCCCCAUAUAACUGCAGUUUUUCCUGCUGGAGUUACAGAAGUGUCCUCCAGUGACCGGUACCGCGGACAAAAUGUCCGAUUUUGAAGAGUUCGAGAAACAGCUGAGCGAAAACCGGCAAGAGAGAGAGAAGGAGAGGCACAGGAAAAGGAGCCGGAGCGGCUCACCAGAUCGUGGUGAGAAACAUCACAGCCAAGAGAAACGCAAAAGCUGUGAUCGCCGAAGCAGCUCCAGAGAUCAUAAGCACAGUCGUUCUCCAAGAAGAGCAAGAAAGAAAAAGGCAUAUAAAUACUGGGAUGUUCCAGCACCAGGAUUUGAUCACAUCACACCACUGCAGUACAAAGCUAUGCAAGCUGCUGGACAGAUCCCCACCAUAGCUCUCCUGGCUACGUCCAGUACGGCAGGAAUGGCUGUGACGCCAGCACAGGUGCCUGCUGUCGGCAGCCAAAUGACCAGGCAAGCGCGACGUCUGUAUGUUGGCAACAUACCAUUUGGAGUCACUGAGGAGUCAAUGGCAGAGUUCUUUAAUACUCAAAUGAGAUUUGUUGGACUUUCCCAAACACCCAGCAACCCUGUGCUUGCAGUGCAGAUCAAUCAGGAUAAGAACUUUGCCUUCCUUGAGUUUCGAUCUGUAGAUGAAACCACACAGGCCAUGGCGUUUGAUGGAAUCAACUUUCAGGGGCAAGCACUGAAGAUCCGGCGACCUCAUGACUAUCGACCUCUGCCUGGUAUUUCUGAGCAGCCUGCAUUCCAUGUACCAGGAGUUGUAUCCACAGUUGUGCCAGACUCUCCCAAUAAACUCUUCAUUGGAGGGUUGCCCAACUAUCUAAAUGAUGAUCAGGUUAAAGAGCUUUUGACAUCAUUUGGACCACUCAAAGCCUUCAACCUUGUCAAAGACAGUGCAACAUCACUGUCCAAAGGCUAUGCUUUCUGUGAAUAUGUGGAGAUUGGGGCCACUGACCAGGCAGUGGCAGGGCUGAAUGGAAUGCAGCUUGGUGAUAAAAAGCUCAUCGUCCAGCGUGCCAGUGUCGGGGCAAAGAAUGCAAAUCCAACUGUGAUCACAGAGAGUCCGGUGAGCCUUCAGGUUCCCGGGCUGCAGAAGCUGCAGAACUCGGCCAUGCCCACUGCAGUGCUGUGCCUCCUCAACAUGGUGCUGCCUGAGGAGCUGCUUGAUGAUGAGGACUAUGAAGAGAUCCUGGAGGAUGUCCGGGAGGAAUGCUGUAAAUACGGCAGCGUGUGCUCCAUUGAGAUCCCUCGACCUGUCCAUGGAGUGGAAGUGCCUGGCUGUGGGAAGAUAUUUGUGGAGUACGGAUCAGCAGCAGACUGUCAGAAAGCCAUGCAGGCUCUGACUGGACGAAAGUUUGCUAAUCGCGUUGUUGUCACCAAGUACUACGAUCCAGACUUGUACCACAGACAUGAAUUCUGAAAGGUGCCAGGAGGACAAAGGGAUGUUUAUAGUUUAUGACAAGCGGGCCAGAGCAGGUUUUUCUUUUACUGUUACACAGAUUUUUAUUACCUACAAAGUUGAAGUGAGCAGACCAGCUUAUAGAUUUUUGAGCAACAUUACAACAUAAAUAAGCAUAGAAGAAAACUUUCACAAAAAUGCUUUUAGCCCUUAUCUAUUAAACAUUUGCAAGACAAAAUAUAUGAUCGAUGUGAAACUGUACAUUUCUGUGAACUAAAAAGCUGACUGUAUUUUUUUUUUUUUUGUAAUUCUUUAUUAACAGGGAGUCAUUUUAUUUAGACAAAUGGUGAAAAGCUUCACGCUCAAGUUUGUGUUUUCUGGGCCUGUAUUAAUCAAGCCUCUCAGAAUCAAAUUUAAAUGAAUGUUUAUUGGGAAUGGUGAAGAAAUAAAUGUAUGAAUAUUGUGAGUUUAUAUAAGUGCUAACAGUAUUUGUUUAUUCUAUACUAACUCACUUGAGGGUACCAAAUCAUCCCUGCUGCACUGUUGCAUCUUUUCUGCUCCUAAAACUGCAGUGUUGCAAUUAUUUUCAGCUCUACUGACAGCACAAAAAAUCCAAGAGUUAUCAACCCACUCAUUAACCACCUUUAGGCUGCCUGGAACAUUUCACAAUAUUACAAUAUAAUUUAUGACACAGCUAGUAUCAUUUUAGUCUAAGAACCAGUCACUAAUUUUCAAGCAGUUAUGAGUGAUUUCCUACUAUGAGGCUUGAUAAAUAAAGGCUCAGAUCUCUAAUGCAUUAAAUACCCUAAGUUUUCAUUUAAAUAAAACCUGGAAUGAUUUGUAGCUAAAGUGAAAAAUGACACUGUUAUCCCAAGAAAAAUGUUCAAUAAAAUAUUUACUGCUUCUUAUCAUAUGGUAAGGCAAAAAGAAGUGUGUUCAUACGUGUAACUAAACUCUACUAAUGGUGUAAAUACUGUACUACAGGAAGAUUCACAAGUAUGUGUUUGUGUGAGAGAGUAAUUAUAUAUAAUUCUAUUUAUACCAUUUAUCUGUAUUUAUUAUGACUAUUUUGCACCUGAUGUUUAAAUCCGAUUCCAGACAUACAUGUUUUAUGCAAACGUCGAGCUGUGAUUUUUGUUGCGUCACCGUAGAAGUGCUUCUGUGAGGUUAGGUAAUGUAUCUGGAUUUGGGCUGGUUUACGUGAACUCUAUUGUUUUACAGAAGUUUUAGGAUCACUAGGAGCUGCAACUGAGAAACCCCAACAGUUUCCAUUAGCCACGUCACGUUCAUGUUCUCCAUCAUGUUUGAACUCCUACUGUAUGCUACAUUUACAGCAAUAAGAUUACACAAAUUAAAUGAAAAUCUACAAACGUUAAUAAUUUUACAACACAACCACUCCAAACUUACCCACUGCUUAGUUUUGUAAAGUGAA